AUGUUCAAUCGUAAAAACUCUAAUUUACUAUUUUUACCGAUGCCAAAACCUAUAAAAAAUCCUACUCCAGAUUAUACAGAAAUGAGAUCUGCUAGAAAUCAAUCUAUUGAAAAGUAAUUAAGAAGAAUAAAAUAAAAUAUACCAUCUAUUUAAACAGAUCGUCAUUAUUCUAGUACUCAAGAUUUAUUAGAAAAAGUAUAAGAAUAAGUUCUUUACUAAACAAGUAUUCUAAGUAGAAAAUCAUCUAAUGCUACAUUAUUACCUUAAACUAAAAAAACAGAACUUAAAUAACCAUAAUAAUAAUAAUUACAUGACAGAAGAAACGAAAUUGAUUUUGUUUUAAAGAAACUUUUAAAUGCUUAAGCCAUCAUAAAUGAUGAACCAUAAUAAAUGAUAGAACCAAGAAUUUAUAAUCCUUAUUUUCGUUCACCAUCUGUUUUACCUCCUCAUUUAAAGGAUACUUAUUUCGAUCCUGAUAAGUACCAAAAUUUCUAUGAUAAACUUUCCAAAAAUAAUUUGAAAGUUAAUCAUUAAGUUAGAGCAGCAAUACUUAAUUAUAGAAAAUAAAUUUCAUCUAAAUAAUAAAGGGUACCUAACUUUCUUAAAUUAGUUUAAUGA